CUUGGCAGGGCCCGGCCCGUUGUCCACGUCUCCAGGAACAUCUCCCUGACCCCCCCCAACAUCGACCUGGAGCAGAGCAACUGCCGGCACCAGGAGGGGAUCUGCGUGGACGUCCAAGCCUGCUUCAGCUACACAGCCAGUCCUGCCAGCUACAGCCCCCACCUGGUGCUGGAGUUCGUGUUCGAUGCCGACACGGAGCGGCGGCGCCUGGGACACCCCCCCCGCGGAGCCUUCCUGGGCCGCCGACCCUCGGAUCCUGAGCAUCAAAUCUCGGGAACGCUGGAGCUGCCCCGGCAGCACUCCCGGGUCUGUCACACGGCCACCUUCCAGCUCCAGGACAAUAUCCACGACAAGCUGCGUCCCAUCGCCGUCACCCUCGCCUACGGCAUCCAGGGAGCCGGGGACAGGCGGCAGAGCCGGGGGGGGGUGCGGAGGACCCGGGGGGCUGCCCUGCCCCCCCUCUUGCCUGCCCUCAGCCCUCAGCCCCCCAGCAGCCACCGCACCGAGGUGCAUUUUCUGAAGCAGGGCUGCGGGGAUGACAAGAUUUGCCAGAGCAACCUCCAGCUGAGCUCCCAGUUCUGUGCCCGCCUGGGGGACUCCGAGUUCCUCCCCCUGCCCCGGGCUGAGGAUGGCACUGCCAUUUUCGCCAUGAGCGACCAGAAGGAUGUGGCCCUGGAGAUCCUGGUCACCAACUUCCCCUCAGACCCCCAGGACCCCCAGCGGGAUGGGGACGAUGCCCACCAGGCGCUGCUCACCGCCACCCUCCCCCCCGAGCUGCCCUACUCCGCCCUGCGCCCCUUCGACAGCCGAACCCCCUCGGAGAAGCCGGUGGUCUGCCUGGCCAACCAGAACGGCUCAGAGGUGGAGUGCGAGCUGGGGAACCCCCUGAAACGCGGAGCACAGGUUCGGUUCUUCCUCAUCCUCAGCACUUCGGGCAUCACCAUCGAGACCACGGACCUGGCGGUGCAGCUCGUGCUGUCCACGAUCAGUGAGCAGCCGGGGCUGCAGCCGGUGGUCGCCCGAGCCCGGGUGGUCAUCGAGCUGGCACUCUCUGUGACGGGCGUGGCGGUGCCCCCCCAGCUCUUCUUCGGCGGGGUGGUGCGGGGGGAGAGCGCGGUGCGGAGGGAGAGGGAGGUGGGCAGCGCUGUCAGCUUCGAGGUGACGGUCGCCACUCGGGGCCCCGUCCUGCGCUCCCCGGGCUCGGCCGCGCUCACCCUGCAGUGGCCGCUGGAGCUGCAGAACGGGAAGUGGCUCCUCUACCCCCUGGAGAUGGAGCUGGUGACCCCCCCGGGGCACCGCGCAGCCUGCAGCCCCCCCGCCAACCCCCUGCGCCUCGCCCUGGAACCACCCGGGGAGGAUGAGUCCUUCGAGGGGGCCCCCGCGGGGUCCUGGUGGGUGCCAGCACCCUCUGAGAGGAGGAGGAACGUCACGCUGGACUGUGCCCAGGGCACCGCUCGCUGCCAACCCUUCCGCUGCCCCCUGCCCAACUUCGAGCGCGCUGCGGUGCUGAGGGCCCGGGGGAGGCUCUGGAACAGCAGCUUCCUGGAGGAGUACCUGACUGUCACCUCAGUGGAGCUGAUCCUUCGUGCCAGCGUCUCGGUGACAUCGUCCAUCAAGAACCUGGUGCUCAGCAAUGCCACCACGCAGAUCUCCAUCUCCAUCUACCUGGACCCGGGGGUGGCAGUGGCCGGGGGUGUCCCCUGGUGGGUGAUCCUGCUGGCAGUGCUGGCCGGGGUCCUGGUGCUGGCCCUGCUGGUCCUUGUCCUCUGGAAGUUCGGUUUCUUCCGCCGGGCCCGCGCCCCCCCCGCCGUUCCCCGGUACCACGCGGUGAAAAUCCCGCGGGAGGAGCGGCAGCAAUUCCGGGAGGAGAAGACGGGAACCAUCCAGAGGCGCGAGUGGGCCGCCCACCCGCGGGACCCCGGCGAGGGCCGCAUGACCCCCAGCUCGGCGUAGCCCGGGGACACGCGUGGGACACGGGGGGGGGGGGGAAACGGAGCCCGUGGGGGACACGGGACGGCUCACGGGGCCCCACGGGGAGUGCAGCCCCACGAGGCCCACGGCGGUGAAGAAAUUAACGCAAUAAAAACAACGGCCCCUCCACGGCCCGCGUCCCGCCCGGCCUGAGGUGGGGG